AUGUUUUCCGCUUUUAGAUUUGUGCCCCGUCACAAAUCGUCACCAAUGAAUUCUGCUACAUCACCCUCUCACAAUAGACUUACCAAACGGCAACUCCUAUCACAUUUGUUCAAACCUAAAUGCAACCACAGUGAAUCCGGAGUUACUUCAAUCGCUAAACGUCUUUCUACUUUUACAUUGGACAACAGUGACAGCAACAGCGACGGUGUUUACCCUACACUUCAUUCGCCGUCGUCUGUUGAUCAGAAUGGGUUUGACACGGAUAUUGUCACGGCUGCAGCUAAGUUGACCCUACUAAGCAAUGGCCAAUACAACACUGUUGGGACUAGCGAACCCUCGAGUCAAAAGCGCCCCCCAGAUGGUUCACACCAGCCUGGUCGGAACGGGAAGAAGCAGCGUCCAAACAAAAGCCCCAACAAUGGAGUCGGUAGGGAUACGGGUGACGGAAAUAACCAGGGAAAUAGCAGAGCCCCUCAGCCAGACGGGCCCAGAUACCCUCAGCCCAACAGUCCACCCUCCAAGAUGUGGGAAUGUCCUUUGCACAAGCGCGAUCCAGAUCGGUAUCCGAUCUGUAAAAGCAUUCGCAUGCACCGUGGUGUUUCGGAUGUCACUACACACCUCCAAAGGAAGCAUCUGGUCAAGGAAGUCAAAAUUGGGCCUGGUAGCAACGUUCAACCUAGAGAUGUUGCUCUGUAUUGCCCGUGGUGCCGCGACCAAUUUUACGGGCCAGGCGCUGACGGUAGGCUCUGUAUUCAUUUGGAAACCUGUAGAUCUAUCAAUCCUCAGGCCACUAUUGAACAAACUGGAGUAUUUUUGCCCAGUGAGUUCGAAGAACUUAGGGAAGACCUUCGUUCAGGGUCUGACGACGUUGAGAAGUGGAACAUGAUUUGGAAGAAGUGUUUCCCAGGGGCAGGCCUUCCAGCAUCACCAUACCGGGAUGUCGGGGCUCUUGUCCCCCGCUCGCAAGCUGAACUAAGCUUCCAAUCGGCUUUUGAUUCUUCUUCCAUUGCCAGCGCAUUUUUGACUAAGGAUGACAUCGAAUCUAUCAUCAACCAAGCCUUGAACGAAAUUUAUCCUGGUUCUUCAUCAGCAGCAGCCGAGCCCCAAGAUAGCGUUGCUAUCCUGCCGCAAGUCCAGAACCAACCAGCACAACCGCUAUUUCACCAGCCAGGUUUGCUCAUCCCACCACAAAAUAUUGAGCGAGGCUCGACAUAUUUUACGGACACCGACCCUUUCCACCAGCCGCAUCAGCUGGAUGCAGGUCAUGACUUGGCUAUUCCGAAUAAUUCGCUGUCUAUUGGAAAUGAAGCCAGCCAUUUCGCACCCUUGAUGGCCAGUCCAUUGAACACACGUAGCGGUGUCAGUGAUCAUAUGCCAUCUCAGCACUAUGCUAGCCCUUCUUUACCAGUAACCAAUCAGUAUUUUACUCAGGAUGAGGAUGGCUGGGAGGUGUUUUCAUGA